AUAUUUUUUUAGCAAAAAAAGUAUUUUUUAGAUAGAAAAGGGGGGCCCAGUAGAAAAACUUUGGGAACCACUGGAUUAAUGCAUGCCAAGCAUGAUGCCAAGUAACUCAAUGCUGCGUAGUGAACAGGUGCAUGCUGGGUGUGGCUAAAUGCUUGAUGCUAACUAAUACUAAUUUGGCUAAGUGCACGCAUCAUUUUAUACAGUCCGUGGCGCACACUGAGGAAUGUCGGCUUUCAAAGAGGUUGCAUGAUCUGGGACACAACUUCAGUUGAACUUUAGGAGCUGUAAUUAGCACACCUGUGCGCUACGAUCAUCUUCAUCCUCUCCAGUUUCUGUCCAGAGUGUGUAGGAAAUGGCAGCAGCGAAUAUUUCUAUUGAACAAGACCAGUUCAGUUGUUCAGUGUGCCUGGAGGUUUUAAGAGACCCGGUGACGAUCCCCUGCGGACACAGCUACUGUCUGGACUGCAUUGAAAACCACUGGAAAAGUGUCGAGCAGAAUGGCCAGUACAGCUGCCCUCAAUGCAGGCAGGUGUUUAACCAGAGACCUCUGCUGAGCAGAAACACAGUCCUGAGGGAGGUGGUGGAGCAGUUUCAAGAUAAGUUGCCAAGGCUGUACUGUCACAAUGACCAGCAGCGUGUCUCACUGGUGCAGGAGAGAGCAACACAGCAGAUGGAUGUGAUAUUCAACACACUUGAGCAGUACAGACUGGAAUUUUACCACAACCAGUUUGUCCAGUUGGGUGUGAAGGAUGAAAGAGAUUUCCUGGAUGGCAUAACGGAUGAAGAUCUGAACAACAUUGGUUUAAGUCAUGUGGAGAAAAACCGUUAUUCAGCAAUGAAAAACUUCAUUCAAACACGCAAAACACCAGAGCGGCAACUUCGAACUGUGGCACCUGUGCAAAAAUCAUUGAAGUCCUUCUGUCUGCAGUACACAUUCCCCAAAUGUCCUCAGCCAAAAUACAUCAACGAUAUGGACCCAGCAAUAAACACAGUGGAGGAUCUGAUGUUGAGGAUCGGCCAUCUUGAAAGUAUUGGUAAUUCCAAAGGAGUUUGUCUCUUCACGAUUGAUGGGAUGCCCUUGACAGAUGAUCCCUUCUUCAACACAUGGUCUCUAAAGGACAGACAUAUUGAAAACGGAUCUGUGAUUUAUGUCAUAUUUACACCAAAGGAAAACCUGAAACAGGCUCCUCAAAUACCAAAGCGAGAGGCUGGUGAAACCUCUGGAGGCGAUGUGGUUCGAUGCCACAUCAUGCUCAAGGGAGACUUUGAGGUGAAGGUAAACUUGAAAAGUGAAACCAUAACCAGUCUGAGACUGAAGCUGGCAAAUGAAAGUGGAGUCCCAGGACAUGUCCUUCGUUACAGAGGUCAACAUUGUGGUGGUGACCUUCUGCAAAGUUGUGGGAUCUCUGAAGGGUCAACAGUUAACUUCUCUUUGUCCAGCUUUUCUGACGAGACUUCACACGAUGAGACCUUCUUCAUCAAUGAUUUUGUGCCUUCAGUCCCACAAACUCAGAAGGGAAUCAGUUUGUUCUUGUCUUCACUUUAUGCUAUUAAAGGACGUGAUUUUUUAGCCAAAGUGAUUUCCUACAUAAGACAACUGACUGGAUGUCAUCCUCUUGCUCAAAGUUUGCAUCAGUUACUCUGCAGGAAUGAAACACUUACCAGGAACCAGAAGGUUGCAGUUGUUGAAGGCUUGUACAUACUCUUCAGAGAGCUUUUGCCUCAACCUGGAACACAACAAGGGGAGAAGCUCAUUGAGGACCUGAACGUCUUUGAGAAUUCACAGUACUGCUGGGCACAUCUCUUCUCAGAAGCAAAGGAACAGGACGUAGACCUUGACAACUACGCAUCCAUCUUUCUUUCAUCUGUAGAUGGCAGCCGCUUCUCUGAACCAGUCAGAGUCCCCGGGGUACCUGAAGUCUUUGAACGAGCAUACGUUCGCCAGAAAAUCAAAGAUGGAGAGAAAAUGCCAAACUGCACUGAAGCGGUUCUGCGAGAAACAUCAAUACAGAGAGCCGAAGACAUUGAAAAAGUCUUGCUCAGUUUGCCUCCAUUCAUCAAAAGAUAUCCUCUUUGGACUCACCAAGACAAGACGGCUGGUCAGAACUUUCAGAUAAAAAUGGAGAAGACCUUUGGAAGGAUGGUGGAAGAAUUAAAAUCUCCUGACUGCCAGUACCUCAAUGUGACCCCACCUCUAGAGUUGAAGAAGCUAGGAAUGUGUGAAAUCCGCCUUGUUCUACUAAGUGAAGACAACGUUGGCGUAUGUUUGCGUAAGGACAAAGGAUCCCCUGACAUGAUCUACGUACUUGAUUGUUUGACUGGCAAAAAUGAAAAAGUGGAUGUGAAUGUGUUGGCAGCCAGGACUGGUGACUACAGAGAUGACAGAACGUUUGUCACAACCAGGAAUCCAAAAGAGGCUAUAAUGGUGCUGAUAGACACAAGCUCCUCCAUGGAAGAGGAGUGCUACCAAAGUGCAGAAAUAAAGAAGAUCAACGCUGUGAAAGAGCUCUUUGACAACUUUGCAACAAGGACCAUGGCCUAUGAUUUUUAUCAUGUCAUUGGUCUCGUGAAGUUCGACUCCAUGGUCAAAGUUCUGCACACAUUUACUGAAAACCUGGAAAAGUUCAAGGAACGCGUACGCAGCAUCGAGGCAAGUGGAUGUACUCUGCUGUAUGACGCCCUGCGGCGUGGGGCGUUAGAGUUGGAGAAGGUCAAGACGAGGUUCCCAGAUUGUCAACUUCGCAUCAUGUGUCUCACUGAUGGACAUGAUUCUGGAUCCUCCGUAGAGCCAGAUGUUGUUACAGUCAAACUGCUGAAAUCUAACAUCAUUGUGGACUCAAUACUUCUCGGAAAAGUGGAGAACAAUAUGCUGCAUGGAAUCAGCAAUGCAACAGGCGGCUGCUGUUUCAAACCAAACACAACCAAAGAGGGUCUGAGGCUCUUUGAGAUUGAGACAGUUCUGUCUUUGGAUCAGAGGAAACUCAAAGAAAAACUUGACCCAGCUUCCAUCAGUAAGAAUAAUUUGUUGAGCAUCUUUGGAACUCACGGGUAUGACGAAUGUCCGGAAACGUCCAUGCCAAGCCAGAUAAACAGCAAGGUUACAGCGACCGAGAGUGCUCUGAAAAAGAAGAUUCCAAGGUAUGGGAACAUGAGGUUUCGAGAGGACAAACGUAUCCUAGAGGAGCUGAAGAGCCUGCAUUGUAACCCACAUCCCUUCUUCAGACUCUUUCCGUCAGAGUCGGACUUUAUGUUCUGGAGGAUUCUCAUGCAAGGCCCUCCUGACACACCAUACAAGAAAGGAGUGUUUGAGCUGUACUGCCAGUUUGGUGAUGACUACCCAGCAAAGCCUCCACUCGUCCGCUUUGUCACACCAGUGUACCACUGCAAUGUCAACAGUGUGGGACGCAUCUGCCACAGCAUAUUUGACCGCAACUACAACGCCCACAUCACCAUGAGAGAGAUCCUCGAAGCUGUGUUUGGACUGCUCAUCAUCCCUGAGCCUGAUGAUCCACUGGACAGCAUUUUGGCUGAAGAAUUCCUGACGAGCCGUGAGACGUACGAACGAGAAGCAGAGAAACAUACAAAGGAAACUGCAGGAACUUCAAUGGAUGACAUGGAAAAGCAACUGGUGGAUCCUGUGGCACAGUUCGUACCCCAUCAUCUGAUCUGUCCACUCACCAAGAAGAUGUUUGUUGAUCCUGUGAAAACAGCGUAUGGCACUGUGUACGAACGCAAGGCCAUUGAGGAACACCUGAAUGAACACAAGUACGAUCCGAUGGCUGGCCCCAAAUGUGAGCUUGGAAUGAGUGACAUCAGAGCAGACCAGGACAUGAAGAAAAGGGUGAUGGAUUACCGCUCUUGUCAAAUUCAGUCUGAAGGGUAGUUUUGCAUCAGGUUCUCGUGGGAAAGGAAAUGAACCAGCUUUUCUUUUGUUUCUUUGUUUUUUUUUCUAUAUAACUUUGUUCUGUGGGUUUGGAAAUGUUAGUGCAGAUUAUUUCACUACUUUUUACUCAUGACAUUACUUGUACCUCAUAUGGACAGUGAUGAAAGAUAUUUGUAUUCUCUGAGAA